AUGCGUACAUCGUCUGCUAUUACCAGCACUGCAGCUGCAGUAGCUGCUUUCUCGGGUCUUGCAUCUGCUUUUACCGCCAGCGCAAAGACUAAUGUCGUUACAUACUGGGGACAGGGUCCUAACCAAGGCAGUCUCCAGGAUGUCUGCAAGAACCCCAACGUCGAUAUCGUCAACAUUGGUUUCAUCAAUGUCUUCCCUGACCAAGGAGCUGGUGGCUGGCCUGGAUCAAACUUCGGCAACGCUUGUGGCAGCGAGACCUACACUUACAAUGGCACGAAAACUCAGCUCUACUCCAACUGCCCUGACAUUGGUACCGACAUCGCCGUCUGUCAACAGCUCUAUGGCAAGAAGGUUCUUCUUUCCAUCGGUGGUGGAUACCCUACCAACUACUUCAUCAAGGACGACGCUAGUGCUGUAAACUUCGCUGAAUUCCUCUGGGGCGCUUUCGGACCCGUUAAGAGCGAGUGGACCUCGACUGGUGGCCCUCGUCCUUUCGGUACUGCUGUUGUUGAUGGUUUCGAUUUCGACAUUGAGAGCGAGCUCUCCUCCGCCCCUGUUGUCAACGGCAGGGCUCUCACCAACUACAAGACCAACGGCUACGUUAAGAUGAUCACUACCUUCAAGAACACACUCUACCCUCAGGAUUCUAUGAAGCCUUACUACAUCUCCGGUGCACCUCAAUGCGUUUAUCCCGAUGCUCACUUUGCUGGUGUUGUCGAGAAUGCUUGGUUCGAUUUCCUUUUCAUCCAGUACUACAACACUGCUGCUUGCUCUGCUCGCCAAGCCAUUUCUUCUGGUACCUUCAAGGGCUACAACGACUGGACUGCCGUCAAGCCCAAGAACGCCGAUCUCAAGCUCUAUGUUGGUCUUCCUGGAAGCACUUCCGCCUCGAGCGAUGCCAGCUACUACCUCCAACCUUCUGAGGUGAAGACUCUUGUCAGCAAGGUUUACAGCAACGCCAGAUUCGGUGGUAUCAUGGUUUGGGAUUCUACCUACGCUGCCAACAAUGUUAUCUGUAACAGAAACUACCUCACCUGGAUGAAGCAGAUCCUCAAUGCUCAGGCUGAUGGCACAUCUCUCAACACCGCCACCAACCCUUGCCCUGCUGCACCCAUCUCCAAGGACGGUACUUGCGGUGGCUACAACGGAUACACCUGCGCUGGCUCAGCCUUCGGUUCAUGCUGCUCUCAGUACGGAUACUGCGGCUCUACAACUGAUUACUGCAGCACUGCCAACUGUGAACCUAAGUUCGGCAAGUGUGGCACUCAGCUCUCCUCCAGCUCUUCCAAGAAGGUCUCGUCUUCUACUUCGAAGGUCUCUUCUGCUACCUCCAAGAAGGUCACUUCUUCUUCUACCUCUAAGAAGGUCUCUUCCAGCUCUUCCAAGAAGGUUUCCUCCACCUCCACUAAGUACGCCACCGUCUCUCGCGCUGGAAAGUUCGACUUUGGUGUCAGCAAUUCUACUCUUCUCGCUGGUACUGGUUCAGCAUCUGCCAUCGUUGCCCCCAUUGGAACUGGUAUCGUUGCCCCCAUUGGAACUGGUAUCGUUGCCCCCAUUGGAACUGGCAUCGUUGCCCCUAUCGGCACUGGCAUUGCUGCCGCCGCCGGAACCGGUGGUCUGAUCGGAACUGGUGUAACUCUUGUCGUUCCCCAGGCCACCUACGGAACUGCCCCUGUUUCUGCUGCCAAGGUUCUUCCUUCGGCUGGCUUNCCCCAGGUCGCUCCUUACUCCAACUCGACUGCUGGCAAGUUUGGCAACGCUGCCGCAAACGCUGACAAUGCCAACGGUGCUGGUGCCGGUGCCGUGCAAGUCAUUGACACCACUGUCUUCGUUACCCGUACUUUCUACCAGACUCAGGUCCAGCAGGUCACUCGUACCAACGCCCAGGGUGCCGAGACUACCGAGUAUGUUACCAAGACCAUCAACCAGUACACCACUGUUACCGCUGUGCCCACUCAAGUUGCUGCACCUAACUCUGGCAACUCUGAUCCCUCUGACCCAUCCGAGUCUGUGCAAAUAAUCGACACCACCGUCUUCGUUACUCGCACCUUCUACCAGACUCAGAUCCAGCCUAUCACUCGCACCAACCCUCAAGGCGCCGAGACCACCGAGUACGUGACUAAGACUGUUAGCGUUUACACCACNUGUCACUCCUGUCGCUACUCAGAUCGCCACUCCCAAAAGGCCAACGCUGGAAGUUCUCAUGGCUCAUCUGGCUCGACUGUCGCAGACCAGAGCGGCAACAGCUCUAACGAUGAUACCAUGCCUGCCCCUGCAAACGAUGCAAGAUACAGCGCUGUCACUGAGACCGUCUUCAGCACACUCUUCGUGACUGCCACUAUUCGCGAAUCAGUCGUGACAUACACAACCUCGUACCCCAUCUCGACCAUCAUCAACUACGCACCCACGAACACCAACGACAUGUCCACCAUAACAACCACCGUCAAGACCACAAAGACAUUCACCGAGACCGUCCAUGUUGGUGGUUCAGCUGCUCCUUUCGCCUUCAACAACGCCACUGCCAAUGUCUUUGCUCCCAGCGGUACUGCAAUCGUCAAUGCUGCAUACACACCUGCAUCCGUAGAGUCUUCUUCCUCAUCCGCCGCUACUUCAUCUUCAGCUUCGCAGGUCGUCAUCCUCCAGACCCAGACUGUCGUUGCUGUAGCUCAAGAGACCGGCACUGCCGCUCUUGACGUUGCAGCAGCUGGCCCCACCGCUGGCACUACAUCCAACAGCCGUAUCUACGGCGCUUCCAACGCCACCACCGCUUACGCACGUUCGGCUUUGGAGUUGGAGAUGAGAACUGUGGCCCAAGGUGCUGCUGAAAACGUCCACACCGACAUUGGCCUCUGUGUGUUGGCGCUAUUCAUCGGUGCCUUCUUUGUCAUGUAA